GCAGUCUCUCUCUCCGGCGUGAUAUGCGGGGCGCCGCGUCGCGCGUCGUCGUCGUCAUCGUCGUCGUGGACUACGACUAAUUGCUCGCUCUCGGGUUCUCCGCUCGGGGAGGAGGAUGCCGGUGAAAGUCGACGUGGUGCCGCCGCCGCCCGCCAAUUCCAAACAGCCGGGUGUUACCAAGUCCCUGCUCUACAACGGCUCGCGCUUCCAGGGUUCGCAAAAAUCCAAGGGCAACAGCUACGACGUAGAGGUGGUUUUGCAGCACGUGGAUGAGGAGAACAGCUACCUGUGCGGGUACUUGAAAAUUAAGGGGCUCACGGAAGAGUUCCCAACUCUGACAACGUUCUUCGAUGGCGAGAUCAUCUCCAAGAAAUAUCCAUUCUUAACUCGCAAGUGGGAUGCGGAUGAGGAUGUUGACAAGAAACACUGGAGUAAGUUCGAGUCGUUCUGUCAGUAUGCCAAAACAUUCAAUUCCGACACGUUCGAUUACGAGGCGUUGAAGGGGACCGACUUUGUAUUUAUGAGGUGGAAAGAACAUUUUCUGGUUCCUGACCACACGAUCAAAGAUAUCAACGGUGCCUCCUUCGCGGGAUUCUACUAUAUUUGCUUCCAAAAAUCAGCUGCCUCGAUAGAGGGCUUUUAUUAUCAUCGUAGUUCUGAAUGGUAUCAAUCGUUGAAUCUCAGACAUGUGCCGGAACAUAGCAUACAAAUUUACGAGUUCAGGUGAAGUCGAUACCCUGGCUGGGAAAUCUCGAUAUUCAAGUCUUUUACUAUAUAGCACAGAGAUCUCAUAAUUUUGGCGUACGAAUUCAACCAACUUUCGUGAUGUAUUCGAGUUUGUUGAUCGUGACACUGCAGUAACGAGGCUGCGUAUGAUGUAACAAUGAAAUUUGAUAAACUAAAUGACGUUAUACGACCUAUAUGGUAUUAACCAUAAAAUUAUUACUAAUUCCUUUAUAUUACUCCCUCUUAGUUAACCGUUGAACAAAGAAUCAUAAAAAUAGUGAAAAUUGAAGUGCUUAUUCAAUGAUAUCGAUUACAGAUUAUCUCUAUAUUGAUUGUAAAGUGGAUUUUAUCGAAAUAAAUUAUUUGACGUCUCUUAACAUUUUAAGUUAUUUGUAUUUGUUAUUAUUGUGGCAUUGUACAAAGACUUUAAUAUAAUUAUGCAUGAUUCAAACAGACAUCAAUUUGUAAGUUAUUGAUUUUUUUAUCAUUAAAGCGAUAGGUACGAAUUAUGUGUACACGAGUUAUGCGCGCAUGACAUUUAAAUAUAAAAAAUUAUAUUUUUAGAAAUUCACAUAAUUGCAUAAAUAUUGUGCUAUUUAUAGAUUCUUUUAAUUUCGUAUAUUAAAAUAUUUGUGAGAUCUGUCUGCUAUAUUAUAUGAAAGGUCAUAUGUAAUUAUUGUUCGAAUGAACUGUGUACGUAUGUCGUAAAGGAUAAAAAAGGCUAAUCCUGAAAGUUGUUAAAAAAAAAUUAAACGUCUUGAAAUAUCGAGGUUUAUCCUAUAUAUUUUAUGUUAAAAAUAUAUUUAUUUUGUGCAGUCGAUCUUUGUCAGACUCUAAUAAUAUUUUAUACAUACAUAUAUGCAUACAGUAUGUACAUAUAUAUACAUAUAUAUAAGUAUAUAUAUGUAUAUAUACAUAUAUAUACUCGAUUUUAAAAACAGAUAUUAGCCACAUGUUGGAACUAUUUGUAAAAUUUGUCUUCACGUUUCGAUUGAGUGUUAAUUAAAUACUAAUUCUCUUAGGAAAAUAGUGCAUUGUUGUGAUAAGCAUUAUUGUAACACGCAUAUAUACGAAUGUAUAUAAGUUUGCGGAUUGUAAUAACUAACAUAUAGCUUAUUUAAAAGUUGUAUAUUGGCGUACUACAGCUUUCAUUUGUGCGUGAGGUUUACAAAACUGCUCUCAGUAACCCAGUGAUAUUGAUAUUUCAGGAACAGUAUACUGUAUUCUAUAUUAUUUUCGAGAUUUUAUGUUUAUUAAUUAUUAAGAGUACUAAUAUUUUCGUUCUUUGAUACUUGUACUAAUAUCUAAAUACUCAGAAAGUAAUAGGAGAGUGAUAAAUAUGCUUUUUCCAAGAGAGCAUUUUACAUAUCGAUUCGAUAAGUUUAUGUAGCAGUCAUUUUGGAUAUUGGAAAACGUAGAAAAUAUAUAUACGUGCACACACACACACACACACACGCACGCACACACACACACACACACA